CCUCUCUACCAGUCGUCGCUUACCUUCACCAUUGGAGCCUGCGUCCGAAAUGGCUAAUGGCCAAGUCGUUUGCGUAACCGGGGCGAAUGGGUUCAUUGCGUCUUGGUUGGUGAAGUCGUUACUGGAGAGGGGCUACACUGUCCGAGGAACAGUCCGCAACCCAGAGAAAUCUAAGCAUCUAUUGAACUUGCCUGGCGCCAAUGAGCGUCUCGAGCUCAUCGAAGCCGAUCUUCUCGCACCCGAAGCCUUCGAUUCUGCUGUACAUGGCUGUCAUGGUGUCUUCCACACGGCCUCGCCUUUCCAUUUCAACAUCACCGACCCUGAUAGUCAGUUGAUUGAGCCAGCAGUGAAGGGAACACUGAACGUCUUAGAAUCUUGCGCCAAGGCAGGAACGAAAAAGAUUGUGCUCACUUCCUCAGUUGCAGCUGUCGCUUACAGUCCCAAACGGGCUGGGGCUAGCGUUGUGGACGAGACCUUCUUCAGUGAUCCUGAGUUUUGCCAAAAAGAGCAGAGGUGGUACGUGUUGUCCAAAACACUGGCAGAGUCAGCAGCAUGGGAAUUUGUGAAAGAGCACAAUCUGAAUAUGGUGGCAAUCAAUCCGACCAUGGUGAUAGGCCCUCUCUUGCAAAGCUCCAUGAACACCAGUAAUGAACUUCUUUUGGGGUUUCUAAAUGGCACUGCGAAGUCAUUUCCCAAUCAGGCCGUUGGGUGGGUGAGCGUGAAGGAUGUAGCCAUGGCUCAUAUUUUGGCUUACGAGAAGCCAGAAGCAGAGGGUCGAUAUAUUAUCAACGAACGUUUAAUUCAUUACGGCGAAAUGGUUUCUCUGCUAAUGAAUCGUUACCCUCAGUAUCCUAUCGUGGCUAAGGAUGCGGACGACUCAACGCGAUUGCCUUCAUAUAAUUUAUCAAAUGAAAAGAUUAAAAAACUUGGCCUAACCUUCCAACCUUUGGAAGAGGCACUGGAUGAGACCGUCGCCUGCUUCAAGGAAUUGAAGCUUUUGGACUGAGUGAAGUCUUGCAUCGAGAGUAGGGCGGGUUGCAAACUGCCUUAAUUCUCGCAUAGCAUCAAAUACAUCUUAUCUUUUCAAUGCCAAUUGAUUGGUACUCACUAUGCAAGUUGCAUAUUCCAGCAUAUAAGUACCAAUUAGAAGCUAUUAAUGCAUUUUAAAGGACUUAAUCUCAGAGUAUUCACCUGUUACAAAGUUCAAUGCGGACAACCAUCUACUGUAAUCUGACAUACCUUAGACUAUUCCUCAUCACUCUUUUAAUACGAAGUGAAGAUGGACUUAAGUCAAUUA